AUGUCCUACUAUGACAUUGAUUCUGUCCUAACGGAUGCUCAGAAAUUGCCUUGUACUUUCGAGCUCGAAGUCCCGGGUCUAGGUGUCCUAGAAGGCAACCCAGGAGAAGAUAUCAAAGCGGGGACCCGCAUCGACCUUCCACUAUGGCUGGGUGAAAUGCUUUCUAUCGGUGCGCGACUGGGGACUUCGCGCCUGGUUACCCUCGACAUGCCCGAGGCACUGUCGGAGCGGGUUAUGAAUGCGCUGAAGGCAGACCCUCGCACAGUUGACCUGCGCGCACUAGCACCGCAUUUUUACAGUCUCAGCGAGCGCAUUCUCGAGCUGUUCGAAGAAGAAGACAUGGUUGACGUGUUGAGUGAUACGUUCAAGAAACGGGCUUCAGAAAUCGCCGACCAUGCCCAUAACUCGCGCGGUGCCGUGGGAGAUGGUGUGGAUUUCCUUCGUGGGUUGGACGAGACCGAGCGGCAAUUGUUCCGUGCUGCUCACGAUCGAGCGAAGGAAAUGCGAAUUUGGUCAGGAGAGGCAAAGAGGAAAUGA